AUGGCGGCUGUAAAACAAAGGGGAAACCCCAGAGGAGCCUCUAACGACCUCUUCAGGAAGGAUUCUUGGAGUUCUGCCACAAACCUCGAACAACAGGACCGAAAGAAAGAAAACUGUCACGAGUCGUGCUCUGAAUGCCGCGGGCCGACCCAACAGGAGUGUGUGUCCUGCUCAGACCCGGCUGCCUUGCUCAAGGACGGGGAAUGUGUCCCGGACUGCGGCGCUGGAUUCUACAGCCAGGACGGCGUCUGCCACGGAUGUGGCGCUGCACUGAACACAACCCGAGACAAUAAGAGCGCUGCUGCCGGCGGUGAGCUGGAGGUGAAGGUUUGUUCGGGCUUGUCUCUCCCUGAGGAUCCUCGGCAGCUUCCACGCCAUCAGGCGCCAGAGUCCUGCGACUCGUCCUGCGCCUCCUGUUUCCCUGACAACCCCAAGUGCAUGAGCUGCCCUCCAGCCACCGCACUGCAUCAUGGGAAAUGUAUCAGCCAGUGUCCGGCUCAGCACUACCUGGACAACCACAACCGCUGCAGAGCCUGCCACAGCUCCUGCGCCUCCUGCUGGGGUCCCUCUGUCUCCCAGUGCAGUCUGUGUCCAGCCGGGCUCCUCCUCCAUCAGGGCCAGUGUGUGGACGCCUGUGGGGAGGGGCUCUACUCCCAGGACAACACCUGCCACAACUGUCACCCGUCCUGCCGCUCCUGCGUCGGCCCGCUGGCCUCAGACUGUCUCCGCUGCCUCAAACCAGAGGAGGCCCUCCUGCCGCAGCCCGGUGUCCUGCAGCCCGGUGUCCUGCAGCACGGCGUCUGCACGGCCGCGUGUCCUGCACGCAGCUUCCUGGACCACCUGCAGACGUGCAGAGAGUGUGAUCCCACCUGCCUGCACUGUGCUGGACCUUCUGCAGACAACUGUACAUCCUGUCCGUCCCCGUCCAGCCUGCAUGAGGGCCAGUGUGGCCCCUCCUGUCCCCAGGGCUUCUUUGUCCAGGACAGUGAGUGCCAAGGGUGCCACCCGUCCUGCCAGUCCUGCUCCGGCCCCUCCCAGGCCGACUGCACUUCCUGUCCCCCGCUGUCCUCCCUGCAGAGCGGCUACUGCAGGACGAGCUGCCAAGACGGACAUUUCCUCAACGCUGCCACUGGAGAGUGCCUCAAGUGCAGCUCGGACUGCCAGCGCUGCACAGCCGACCUGCAGACGGGCGUCGGCAGCGUGUGCCUGUGGUGUCGAGAGACGAGGACCUGGCUGCUGGGAGACCACUGCACCUCCCAGUGCCCCCGGGGCCACUACGGCUGGCACGGAGCCUGCAUGAGAUGCCAUUCUUCGUGUGAGGCCUGCGGAGGGGCGGGGCCUCUCGCCUGCACUUCCUGCCACGGCAGCGACGUCCUGCUGGCGUCCGGUCUCUGUGCUCCCAGGUGUCCCCUCGGCUACUUUGACAACGGUCACAGGAUCUGUCAGGCCUGCGAGCGCCAGUGCCAGACGUGUGACAUGGCCGGCGUCUGCACUUCCUGCCGCGACCCGGCCAAGGUGCUGCUGUUCGGAGAAUGCCAGUACGACAGCUGCGCCCAUCAGUACUACCUCAACACCACGACCCGCGCCUGCAGAGAGUGUGACUGGAGCUGUAACGCCUGUCGAGGCCCCCUGAGGACGGACUGCCUGCAGUGCAUGGAGGGAUACGUGCUGCAGGAGGGCGUGUGCACCCAGGGCUGCUCCCCCGGCUCCUACCGGGACGGAGACAGAUGCCUCGGUUGUGACGAGCACUGUGUGCGGUGUCGAGGUCCCGGACAGUGUCAGCAGUGUCAGCCCCCCCACGCCCCCCUGCUGGGUCAGUGCGUGCUGGAAUGUGGGAGGAGCUACUUCCUGGACGUCUCCACGCAGCUCUGCAAACCGUGCUCCUCAGACUGCGCCCUGUGCGACGGGGUCGGGCGCUGCCGGGCCUGUCGGGAUCGAACCUUCCUCAUAGAAGGAUACUGCGCCCCCGACUGUGGACACGGGUACUACGCCGAGCAGAGGACCAGGACCUGCCAGGCCAACACCCACCCCCCCGCCCUCCAGGUCAGCGGCUCCCUGCUGGUUCCGGUGGGCGGCACCUCCCCGCUGACCCCGGCGCUGCUCGCGGUCCGGGACCCGGACAGCCCCUCGGAGCGGCUCGUCUUCCAGCUGGUCCAGGGACCGAGCAACGGGCGGCUGCUUCGGUUCGGAGAGGGCGAGGCAGAAGGGAGGGGGGGGCGAGGCAGAGGAGGCCAGGAGCUGACCGGAGACCACACCUUCACGUGGGAGGAGCUGAGGAGUGGACGGGUCCGCUUCAGACACCAGAAAGACAAAUCCAGGACCGGUGAGUUCAGCCUGCGAGUCGCUGACCCUCAGUUGUUUUCUCAACCAGAAACAAUCCAAGUUCAAGUCGUGUCAAUGCAGCCUCCGAGGGUCACCGCUCUCGCUCCGUUACCCGUGAAGGGCCCCGGGGCCUCGGCCGCCAUCACCAAGUCGGUGCUGCAGCUGGACGACCCCGACAACCCGGCCGACGUUCUGAUCAUGGUGCUCGAACCGCCGCGCCACGGCCAGCUGGCCCGUCUGCACGGAGACCGGGCGCUCAGCCGCUUCAAGCUGGAGGAGCUGGCGAGGGAGCAGAUCCAGUAUGUCCACGACGGCUCAGAGUGGGAGGAGGACUGGGCGGUGCUGCAGGUCAGCGACGGCCACAGCUACAGGAACGUUCUCCUGCAGGUGCACAUCAACCAGAAGGCGGCUGACUCACCGCUGGUUCAGUCUGUGCCGAUGACCUGGGUGAAAGAAGGAGGGAUGGUGCGACUGGAUAGAAAAUACCUGCAGGCACAUUUCAAGGAAGUCGGCACUGAUGAAAUCGUCUACACAAUCCUCGCCUCAGACGGACGACCUCAGCACGGUGAGGUGGUGCUGGUGUCCAUGCCAGCUGACGGGCCUCCGGGGGGCUGGCGUCCCUCGCUCACCGACCACCAGGGCUUCACCUCCACCACCUCCUUCACCCAGCAGGACGUGGACGACGGCACCGUCUGGUAUCACCACUUCGGCCGAGGCAGCGACAGCGACUCCUUCCAGUUCCAGGUUUCCACUGAGGCGGCCCCUCUCCUACAAGGCGACGCCCAGACCUUCACCAUCGGAGUCCUGCCCCAGAUCCCAGGAUUCCCUCAGCUGGACCCCGACUGUGACCUGCAGAUCACGGCUCUGGAGGAUCGGGUAACGGAGAUCCCACCUUCAGCUCUGUCCUUCAUCGACUCGGAGACUCCCAGCGAGAAGCUCAUCUACAACGUCACUAAACCUCUACCACAAGGACAAGGGGCGAUCGAGCACCGGGACCGGCCCUACACGCCGGUGAUCCACUUCUCCCAGGCUGACGUUAACAACGGCAAGAUCAUUUACCGGCCGCCAACGGCACCAUCGCACCUCCAGGAGCUGUACCAGUACUCCUUCAUCGGUCUGCCGGAGUCGCUCAGCAUCUAUUUCACAG